GGGAGGAGGCUGGGAGGUGCGAGCGGCUCGUCUCUGCGCCCGGGCUCCUCCUGCCUCGGGGAAGAGCCGCUGUGCACCGAGCUGAGCGCCAGGCGGCUGCCGACCCGAGCACCCCUCUCGCCCCGCUUCCUUAAGGCGAAGCCGUCCCCUGCUCCCCUCGUCCCUGGUGAGCCGCGGCGCCCCCUCCUCUCCCGGAGCCCCGGCCCAGCGCCGCCCACCUGUGGGAGUCGGGCCGGGCUGCGCCGGGGGCACCUGUGGCGCCGCGGGACUCGCCGCGCGCCCUUCCAGCCCCUCCGCGCCGCCUCGGGCCUCUGGGCUGAGCCGUGGGUAGCUUUGAAAGGCCUGUCUGUUCGCUGCCGCCUUCUAAGCCUGGUGAGAUUUGGCAUGGAGCGCAGGUCAAGGAUCUGACCAGUUUUGAGGCAUCUCUCCAGUCUGAAGAGGUGAGAGUCCACAGCGAGGUGAGGGGACAGAAGCUGAGCACAUAUGGAAUGAACAGGAUGGUCUGCAAUACGGGUGCAUGUUGUGAAGGAAAUCAACCAGUGAUGCGUGGGUGACCAAGGCUAAGGUGGACUCUCCUAGGCUGUGUGAUGAGGGCUGCCUCUCUGGGAGAAGUUGGUGCUAUGGCGAGGCAGUACAUAGAGAAAGGUCUUUUGGUUCCAGAUCACGUGAUCACACGCCUCAUGUUGUCGGAGCUGGAGACUAGGCGCGGCCAGCACUGGCUCCUAGAUGGUUUUCCUAGAACGCUGGUUCAGGCCGAAGCCCUGGACAAGAUCUGUGCCCUGGAUCUCGUGAUCACUUUGAACAUUCCAUUUGAAACACUCAAAGAUCGUCUCAGCCGACGCUGGAUCCACCCUCCCAGCGGAAGAGUGUACAACCUGGACUUCAAUCCACCUCACGUACACGGGAUUGAUGACAUCACUGGUGAGCCAUUAAUCCAGCAGGAGGAUGAUAAACCUGAAGCAGUUGCUGCCAGGCUAAGACAGUACAAGGACGUGGCAAAGCCAGUCAUUGAACUAUACAAGAGCCGAGGCGUGCUUCACCAGUUUUCUGGAACGGAGACUAACAAAAUCUGGCCUUAUGUUUACACGCUUUUCUCGAACAAGAUCACACCUGUUCAGUCCAAAGAAGCCCAGUGAGCCCGCCCAGUGGCAGCACCGGGAGGAUGUGGCCGUUCAUGCAAUUGUACGUGUAGCGUUGGUGCGUCCCAAUUAGAAGCUAGCCGAGACAGCUCGCAGCGUCUUCUCUAGAUUAAAUGAACUGAUGUGAAAACUAAUGAAUACAGGAAGAGUUCAUGAAGAGGCGCUUCUCUGCCUUUCGAAAGAAGGGUCACCCUCACACGUUUAAGAUGUCUCUCCUCAAGUCUCAAGCCCUUCACAAGCAAGCAAGGACAGGCCGGUUUCAGACGGUGUAUACUCAAGCACGAGCUUAGUUUUGGUGGUCGUGUUGUUGCCAUGGAAGCCUUUUUGCACAUGACGGCAGUGGUGUCUGCUUCUCCCCCGCCCCCAAAGGCUGAUGAGCAAGAGCACCAGAGGGCCUGAGAAUGCCCGGGACUGUGGCCUGGGUCUGUCCCAGGUUCUCUGGUAUGUGUCCUCCUGGUGACAAUAGGAUUGAAACCAAUUGCUCUCAGUGGUCGCUUCCCUGGCCUUGAGUGACUGUGUCCACAAUUCACUUUUUCUGUUGAGAGUGACACCUUCUUUUCUGCGUCUAUGCUCUGUAGAACCUCUCCUUUCAGACAUCCUGGAAUGAAAGGAUUUGGCUUCUGCUCUUUUUAUUAGACUGUAUUUUUUUUGCAUCUCUUUCCUCCUUUCCUAGGCUACUAAGUCAUAUGGAUAGUCUUUGCUUCUGUCCUUCUCAGAUUCCUUUCUGAGAGCUGAGAGCCGGGGGACGAGGUCAAAUCACUUCCUGCACCAGGAGCUGAGCUCUGCGGAGGGCCCCCUUAACCUGCUGGUCUGACUCUCAUGGGUUGACAAUGCUCCUUUCUUCUAUUGUGGGAAAAUAAAAUCCUCAGAGUCUUUUGGGGAUCCUCAAAAAAAUGGGAAAUAUUCAUUUACGUAAAUGUUAAAUGAUCAUAUCUUAUGUAUAGAAGUAAUAAGACCAUAUGGAGUUACUGGACGGAAAGGAUAGUUUAGCUUUUUAUUCAAUACAAAAAAUGUGUUUUAAAAAUGCUGCUAAGUAUUGAUGCUGACGGUGUUUUCCUCUUUUGAGUGACCCAAGCAUAUUAUAAAUAGUUGGUAAAGGAAUAUGGAGCCUGGGGGGUUAAGGAAACAAGUUGCACUAGCUGUGCCUAGACUGAGUAUGAGAGCUUUACUAUUAUGGGAAAACAAAAUCUUAAUUAUUUUUUUUAUUCCAAAGAUGCUUUCUAUAGGGUGGCCGUUAAAUCUAGAAAUAUAGAUAAUACUAUUUUGUCAUUCAUUGUAAUGUAAUAUCAGUAAACCAUUUGUUAAGGAUUUGCCUGAUUUCCAGACUUGGUGGCCACCUUGUUUACUUCUUGCUCUCCUCUGGGAAGGACAAUGAAAUUUAUCCCUGUUGCCUUAAAAGUAAACAUCCCUCUUCAUGCAUCCUGGCUGUCCCCAGGGAGGGUCCUUUACUAUUCCUGGGAGUGACUUCAAUGUAAUCAUUGCCUUUGGAGUUUUGGGAAAGGUACAGAAAAUGGGAAAUCGCCUGAUCCUUGAUUCCGUGCUGUACUCCUCCAUCCUUCCUUCUUUCUUCCAGCAAAAUAGACAAUUAGAGCCAGUGCUGGAGUCACUCAGUUUGUCUCAGCAGUGUUUGCUACUUCUGGGAUGGCCAGCAAUCGAGAGUCCUUAGCUGGGUGAGACUGAUAAAAAGACAAAGACCUUUUCUGUGGUCUUUGAAAGAUGAUGCUUGUUUCAUGUUUAGUGGCCUAAAAAAUCUAUUUCUGAUUUUCUUCAACAAAUUCUAGUUUUUCCUUCAAUGAUUUUGUAAAAAACUUAAGUUUUCUUGAAAAUAUUUUGACAAAAGUAAAUUAAAAGGCCAUCUUUCCUCGGAUUUCCCUGUACUCCCCCACACGUGGUUCCUUCACAGGUACACGCAAAGAGGAGAUUGGGGGGGUCCCUAAGACUUCUCCUGUCCUCACAGUCUGUGACUCUAGCCAGCUGUGAAUUCAUUUUACUUUCCAUUCUCCUGACAGGCUUCCCACUUACUUAGAACUGAAAAAUGUUGCUAUGUUCAAAACCCUCUAACACUAAGGCAAAUAAAAAAUAGGUACCGUUUGUCGUGGGCCUACUGAGUAAUGUGUGUGGUUUUAGGACCUUUACAGACAUCUCAUGUAAUCUUUCGAGCAUCUGUGGAGAUGCGCGCGAUCCUACAUUUGUCCACAAAGAAGGCAAAGGUCAGAGAUGGGAAGCAUCGUGCCCAGGCCCUUGCUGCCAGGACUCACACCAGGUGUUCCUGACUCUGCAUUCUGGGUUUGCAGAAUGGAUGUUAACCCACUGUGUCCUGUCUCAGGCAACCCAGGGUGCGAGCUUGGUUUUGCUUAGGUUUCCGAAUGGCCUCACGUCAAACAUAACCGAGUUCCCUAUGGUGACAUUCAGCUCUCUGUGAGACUGCUCUUUUUAUUUUUUCCCUUUGCUUCAGCAAGGGAAGCUGCUAGAGGAGAGUCUGAGCCAUUGAUCCUCCUCCAUAACUACUCAUUUAUAAAGAAGAGGAAAGGCCGUCGAAGUGGGCUGGGCUCGGGUCCAGGCUAAUCUGGGAGGAGGCAAGCUCAUGCUCCUCUCCUACCGGCUUGGUGUCCAUGGUGUUGUGCCCCUGCAGGGACCUUUACCCUGGAGCCACCCCCGCCACGGUGCUCACAGAAAGGCCUGGGCUCCUGGGAGCUAUGCAGAAGCUACACACUUUUCUUCCCCUUGAUCAGAACAAAUCGCUCUCUUGCUCCUACCCCAAAACAAGGCCCUGAUGAUAAGCCGAGCCUUCCCAGAGUGCUGGCAGGUGAGCAGACGGUGACUGAGCACCUGACACAGGGUGACCUUUGACCCCCGUACCGUCUCCCUCUGUUACAUUACACGUCAACAUGAUCGUGAAUGCCAGAUUCACACCUUUCCCCGCCAUCUGGUGUGGUGGCACUGCCUGUCGUACAUCAUGCUGGCAGAACCAGGGGAGACGGGCUUCCUGUCUUCCCCGCCUCCUCAGGGUCACUCCCUGCCACCCUCCAGCAGCCAAGCUCAGCUGCGCUCCAGCUUCACCCAGGUGUGCCCCUCUCCUCUCGGUGAAGGGAAAAGGUCAGAACAACCACGAGUGAGGGAGGAUUCUCAGAGAGAGCGGCUGCUGUGGCUUUUCCUGCCAUUUGAAAUGUAGAGACAGGAUCAUUUUAGAUGGAAAGAUGCCUGUGCAAAUGGCUUCUAUAAAAUUUAGUUCACUGGAACCUGAGUUUGUUAUUUGACUCUGACUAUUUGUCUAACAGUUUACCAGCCUGCUGGGGGUCUUUGCUCAAAUCGUGAAGAGUGCAAAUUUCCAAAUGUGUCAGGGGGUGGGCAUGCGUAGUAGUUGCUGUUUAUUGGCACUUCAUGCUAAGCGCAUUAUGUGCAUUGUCUGAUUAAAUCCUCAACAGCGGCCCUAUGUAAUAGAUAUUAUUAUCUCAAUUAUCUUGCCUCUUUGUAUUUAAAAACAGAAAUAAUCGCCUUUACUUAAACUUGUGUUUUCAUGUACGUAUAGGGAUUAAUCAGGAAAUUCAAAAGGGCCUUUUUAGUACUUUCCCUACUUUGAGCUCUACAUUCUCAUUAGUAGGUAAAAGGAUGUAUUAACUCCCCCUGGAAUCUUUGCUUUCCGUGCUCUGGUGCUGAGACGGGAAAUGGGCAUUCAGCCGGUCCUAGUGGUAGUUGUACACUGUAUAUCCAGAGGGCAUGUGCCUCGUCUGUACGCUGCUGGGUUACAGAUCUCGGGAGGCAUUCGUAUCUACCUGGUGAAUUUCAUUUAUUACCUUUCAUUUAACAGACAGUGUCUUUUCUUGCUGCAGUGAAUUUUGUCAGGGAGGCAAGUCGUAAGGCAGAGUCGGGUCAUGGUAUGAAUUUGUUCCCCUCCAUUUGUAGUAACUCCCUUGUCUAUUUGGUGUCUCAGAAGAAGAACCCAGUGACAGAGACUCCUUUUAAUACAGGAGUGUGGUCCAGUCAUAAGUUAUUGUCCCUCUCCUUUCAUAACUGACCCAGUCCGGUUCCCAGACGAGAAAGAAGUGCGUAAGGCCCAGAUGUCAGGAAACCAUCAAGCUGUAUUUCAACCAGGAAGCAAGUCUGCUUCCUGCGCCUGUUGAGACGUAUUAUAAUUACAGUCAUUCAUAAAUGCCGUAACUUAUCUUUCUUUUAAAAGAUUGCACGGUUCUUGCCAAAAUAAAUGCCGUUAUCUGUAUGCUUCAGGGAAUUCCCCAGUUUGAUCAGUGUGUGUGUAUGAGAGAGAGAGAGAGAGAGAGAGAGAGAGAGAGAGAAAGAGAGAGAUGGUAAGACAUUUCCAAGAAGGUGGAAGCUCUCGUGGAGCAUGGAUAUUCCAUCCUUCCUUGGUGGUCAUUAGGCUAUUCCAGGAAGCACAGUGUCAUUCUUUGAAAUAAAAGAUCUCCUGUUUAAAACUUUCAAAGGAGGCCCGCACCUUGAAGAUGCCCUCCGGGGUUGGUGUGUGUCUAACUCCUUUUCAUAAAACCUUGCUUUUCUUCAUUUGAAAGCUUUGGCUAUAAAGUCAGAAAUGUACUAAUAAAAAAACUGUCUUGUAUUUAAUUUAGAGAAGAGAAAAGGGAAGAAAACCGAAAACUCAGUCUUGAUGUAAGCGCCCAGGUGUCAGGGUUGAGGGCUUUCCUAGUUUUAUGAGAAUUUGUACUACUGAUUUUUAUAUGUUCUUGUUUUUGAGAUGAACAGACCUCUGGGAAAUGGUCGAGUUACAUGGCGUUUCACUGUGACCCCUCUGAAGCUGAAGUCAGCUCUCUAACCUAAUGACAACUUGCCUCCUUGGUUUACUGUCCUGUGAAAUGUCAGCCAGUUUCCCAGACGUCGCGUGUUUACGAUGAGUCAGCGCUGCUCCUGGUGUGGAAGUGUCGGUGCUCGGCGCUCCUGAUUUUGAUGUAUGUGCUUCCUUCAAAGUAUCUAAACCUGCAGUCUAAUCUGUAUAUGCUUUCCUAACUGUUAAUUGUAUUAUUGAUUAUUUUCUCUUGCUUGAAGAUUGAUUCCUACUUUUUAAUUGAUAGAAAUAAAGGGUUUUUUUCUUCUGCUUA